GCUUAUCUUGCAGGAGAUGCGUCGCGGAGGCAGACCAACUUUAAGGCAGGGCCUUGAUAAAGAGGUCUACCAAGUCGUUCGCAAAAUUGUUGAUGAUCAGGCAGAAAAUGCUCAGUUCCGCUUGUCGGUAACCGCGAUUUACGAUUCUAUAAAGCGUUCCAAUUCGAGCCUGAACCGAAAACCAAAGCGGAUACUCGAAGAUAGCAUUGAACGAGUGGUGGAAGUCAUCAAGACCGACGUAUUAGGAGACGAUGAGAAUGAUUCGAUAGAUGGUGAUUUUGGAGGGUUGGAGGAACAGCCCGUACAAGAAUCAAAUAGCAUGAAUAAAAGCCUUGUAGGUGCUUGGAAUACUGCCUCAAAAGCACCCAAGUCAGAAAGCAAUGCAGAAAACGGUACUCCUGCGCCAACUACUACCAAGAAGCGACACCAUGGAGGCGAGUCUCAUUCUUCAAAGCGCCGCAAGGCUGAGAAUGCUGUCGACAGAUCUCCGCCGACCCACGUCAGUCUGGCGGAUUUGGGUGGCUUGGACGAUGUCGUUCAACAACUCGGAGAUCUUGUCAUUCUCCCAAUGACCCGUCCACAAGUAUACUUAGCAUCGAAUGUGCAACCUCCCCGCGGUGUAUUGUUGCAUGGUCCGCCAGGAUGCGGGAAAACCAUGAUUGCUAACGCCUUCGCUGCAGAGCUCGGGGUGCCUUUCAUAUCCAUAUCCGCCCCGUCAAUCGUUUCAGGAAUGUCAGGUGAAUCUGAAAAGGCCCUUCGAGAGCACUUUGAAGAGGCCAAACGAUUAGCUCCGUGCUUGAUCUUCAUUGAUGAGAUCGAUGCCAUUACGCCAAAACGAGAAAACUCACAAAGAGAAAUGGAGAAAAGAAUUGUCGCCCAGCUUCUCACAUGUAUGGACGACUUGGCCCUAGAAAAGACGGACGGAAAGCCAGUAAUCGUCCUCGCAGCUACGAAUCGGCCCGAUAGCCUAGACGCGGCACUGCGUCGAGGAGGCAGGUUCGAUAAGGAAAUCAACAUGACUGUGCCUUCCGAGCCGGUUCGCGAGCAGAUACUUCGUGCACUAACCCGCAAGAUGCGCCUCGUGGACGACUUAGACUUCAAGACCCUAGCAAAGAGAACGCCUGGGUUCGUUGGCGCCGAUCUGAACGACCUGGUUUCUACUGCGGGCUCCACGGCAAUUAAAAGAUACCUUGAUCUACUGAAAUCUAACAGCGGCGAAGAGAUGGACAUUGAGGGCCAAGACGACCUUAGCCCCAGCGUCAAGGAGCUUCGCCGGCUUAUCACUCACGCUAAGGAGACUCCCAUCGGGAGUGAAGCAGAGGUCGUCCUUGUAUCAAACGACGAUUUCUUCACUGCUCUUCCCAAAAUCCAGCCAUCUUCCAAACGGGAGGGCUUUGCCACCAUUCCCGACACAACUUGGGCGGACAUCGGUGCCUUAAGCGGUAUCCGCGAUGAACUCGCAACCGCAAUUGUGGACCCGAUCAAGCAUCCUGAACUCUACGCUAGCGUCGGCAUCACAGCUCCUACUGGUGUUUUGCUCUGGGGGCCCCCAGGUUGUGGUAAGACGCUCCUCGCAAAGGCCGUGGCCAAUGAAUCCCGAGCGAACUUCAUCAGUGUCAAAGGGCCCGAACUUCUCAACAAGUAUGUUGGUGAAUCUGAGCGCGCCGUUCGCCAAGUCUUUGUUCGGGCUCGUUCCUCCAUACCAUGUGUCAUUUUCUUUGAUGAGCUUGAUGCCUUGGUUCCACGCCGCGAUGAUACUCUUUCUGAGGCAUCAGCUCGCGUUGUCAACACCCUUCUCACUGAAUUAGAUGGCCUAGGUAGCAGCCGCCAAGGCAUCUAUGUCAUCGCCGCCACAAACCGGCCGGAUAUCAUUGACCCCGCCAUGCUCCGACCCGGCCGUCUGGAAACUCUUCUCUUCGUAAACUUACCAUCACCCCUGGAGCGCGUUGAAAUUCUGCAGACUCUCGUGCGCAGGCUGCCAAUUGAGUUCAAUGAAGAUCUGCGGCGUCUGGCGGAGGAGUGCGAAGGGUUCAGUGGUGCAGAUCUUACCAGUCUGUUGCGGCGCGCUGGAUACAAUGCUAUCAAGCGUCGGGAUACUAUCAAAUUUGAUGACUUUGUUGCUGCCAAGUCAUUCAUUCGGCCUAGUGUGACGGAUAUGAAGAAGUAUGAUAAGUUGAGGAGGGAGUGGAGUGGCGGGGUCAUCUAG